CGCCCCGCGGGCGGGAACGGCCGCCGGCGGCCGCGGCCGGACGCAGUUACAAUAUGCUUCAGAGCUGAAGAGCAAGACUGUUCAGUUCAUGAAUUUAAGAAACAUAGGAACUCUGAAUGACACCAGCUCUUUAGAUGAGACCACUUACGAAAAACUGGCUGAAGAAACUCUGGACUCUUUAGCAGAUUUCUUUGAGGACCUGACAGAUAAGCCUUUUACCCCAGAAGAUUACGAUGUCUCUUUAGGGAGUGGAGUUCUAACAGUUAAAUUAGGUGGAGACAUGGGAACAUAUGUAAUCAAUAAGCAAACACCAAACCGGCAGAUUUGGCUCUCCUCACCCACUAGUGGGCCCAAGCGCUAUGACUGGACUGGACAGAAUUGGGUGUAUUCUCAUGACGGAGUAUCCCUUCAUGAACUACUAUCAAAAGAAUUUUCAACAGCAUUAAAAACUAAGCUGGAUUUGUCCUGCCUAAUAUAUUCUGGGAAAGAAGAUACUUGAUGAUAUUCUACCUCAUGGAUGUUUAAAGACUUUAACCACAAGCCAAGCCCCUCCUUGGUUUCUGAAGCACCUGAGCUUAAUUCUGUUGUUGUUUUUCUUGACAUCACUAUGUUGUACAACAAAAAUGAAAAUAACAUCUUUUUCUCUAGUGCUCAGUCUUUGGGUUUCUCUGCCAUUGCUUGCAUCUGUGUCCAUUUAGUACGGGUGGUUGAGGUUACCCUUCCUGUUACUGAAUUUCUUUCUUACUGCAGAAGUCAGUCAUGAGUUCUCACUGUCUGCAGUCUUCUUUGGAUGCAAGGACUGACCAACCUGCGUGACUUCUGACGAGCACACAAAUGCUAAACUCUUUUUGGUGAGACUCAGCCAAAACAAGAAAUGCCUGUGAUUCACACUGACAUAAGUUGUGGUACUCUGAAUGCAUAACAUUAAAAAUGUGGCUAUUAAGGUGAAUAACACAUCACAGUCAAAUCGAGCAUCUUCUAAACUAAAUGACUGUGACAGGUAGGAACUUUUAAAUUUUGUGUAAUGCAUGUAGUAGGAGUUUUUCUCUUAGUAUUGCAGAGCUUGCUCUUUUCUCCAAAUUCUAAAUUCUAGUUUCUUUCACAGUAGGAUUUUUUUUGAGCUAAACUUUAAAUUACUUAAAGGUCUUUAUGGCUGUAAGCAUCAUAUGGAACUGGAAAGGCUGGUAUGUGAUGUUUCAGCUGUGCAGCAAUACCUCUGCAAGUGCUUUAUUCUGUUACUGUGGAUUUCUCUGGUCCUUUUUGUCCUUCAAAGAUUACAAAUACCUAAUUUAUUGACUUUUUUUAGUUGAGCAAAAGUAAUGUCCUCCCAUGGUAACAAAAUUUGCACUAAUUUUGUUCUGCAGCAUUUCUUAAGUAAGUGGGCUUAGAUUCUCUCUCUUCACCAUGAUGCAGCAAGGCUUCACUUAUUACCCCGCUGAUGCAGAAACUUUUGCCUUUUUGCUUCUUAGAACUGAGUAUGGUACUUAACACUGAUGAAGCUGUCUCUUUCAGGCUGUUAAAAAAUGAGAAUGAAAUAAAUUAUAUACUCUGGAUCUUAAACCAAAAAGCUUUAAAAGAAAUCCUGAACUGCAAGAAGACUUCGACACUUGCACUGUUGUAUUAUUACCACUGUUUCUCUUCUCAGUUCCUAUGAUGCUUGUGGUUUGUUUGGCAUGAUUCUCUGGCUACCUAGAGUGAUUACAUAUGUGAUUAAUUUUGUCAUGGAAAAAAAACAGCUAUAUAGUAUUGUUGCCCAGUAUUUGCAUUUAAAGUGUAAGUGUUGUUACCUGCUAUUUCCCACCAUUAAACAGAGGGUAACAUUUCACUGGAAGCAGCUCUUGGUUAAUUGUGCCCCCUGUUUGCAUGUUUUUCAAUCAAAAUAAAAAAUGUGACAGUUACCUGAAAUUUCAACUCUACUGGAUAAGGUAAAUACAGUGAUUACCAACUCAUGAGUACAAGAGUAAAAGAUGCUUUUAAAAAAAAAAAAAAAAAAAAAAAAUAAAUAAAAGGGAGAGUUAAAAAUAGAAUGUCUUUUUACUGCUAUCAAUUUAGAACACUGAAAAUAAUUUACAGCAUACGGAAAACAACAGUAUUUGGCUCAGUCUCCUAGUAGUUCAAAUAGCUAUUUAAAUGCAUUUGUAUAAAUGUUAAUGAUUUUAUAUUUGAAUGAAGGAUACUUCCUCCUGGUUUUUCUUUUGCCUGAUCACAUAUAGCUUGUGUCAUUAUUUUUCUGACUGACUUUUCCAGAAAUUAUUUUCUGAAGUAAUUUGUGUGCAACAUACUCUUUGAGUCUGAUUCAUAUUUGGAGCUUCAUUCUCCAUUCUCUUACGCCUUGUGCAAAUGUUUACACCAAAAUAAAGUUGCAUGUAGAAUUCUUCUA